AUGGCUCCUCCACGAGGAAGAGGACGAGGUGGUCGUGCAAUGAGGGGCAGGAGAGGUCGCACGACAGGCAGAAGAAAUGAUUUUGCUGCGUCGCGACUCCGGGAAGUGGAUUCGGAUGAAUCUUCUGGUGAAGAUGCGCCCAGUGAUCAUGGAAUGGAUGAUAUGGACAUGGGCGACGAUACUAUGAUGGAUGAUGCUUCGUCUAGCAGCGACGAAGAGGAGAAUGCUGGUCGCCCAUACAACGAACUACUCGAACUACUGCACGCCAACUCCGACUCGAAGGGUCCAGCUCGGAAGAAGAGAAAGCUUGCGAGUGAUGAGGCUGCGGAGGAAGCCCCCAGAACUAUUGUUGAGGAAGAGGACGAACAGGCCGACGAUGCGUUACAAGAACAAGCUCCCUCCGAUGAUGAGGAAGAGGCGCAAGAAGCCGAUGACGACGAUGAUGAGGUUGUCGGACCUUUCGAGAAGCACUUCAAUGUUGUUUCAGGAGAUGACCUUUCCAACAAGAUUCAAUCUAUCGAUUCCAAUAAGUGGACGUCGGUGAAGAAGGAGAUAGACGGGCUGCGAGUGGUGCAAUCCAUUCCUGAAGUGGGAGACUCCAAGGCAUCACUACUUCCGGCCAUGAAGAGCACGGCCAACUUGAAGCUCAAGAACAAGCUGAAGCCUCGUGCCGCGGAGCUUCUCCCUACCAUCAACGGCGCUGCCCAACAGGUCGCUCCAUAUGUAUUCGACUACCAGGACAUUCUCUACGGCGCGCGUACUGCAUCUAUCGCGGAUGACAUGCGCGAUAUCAUGGCCCUUCACGCUGUCAACCACAUUAUCAAGACCCGAGACCAGGUGCUUAAGAACAACGCCCGCCUAGCAAAGGAUCCAGACACCGAUGUCGAGUGCCGUGACCAGGGCUUCACUCGUCCCAAGGUCCUAUACAUUCUUCCGACUCGCCAAGCAUGCGUACGUGCUGUCAAUGCGAUUACCCAGUUCUACCAAGUCGAACAGCAGGAGAACAAAAAGCGAUUUACCGAUACUUUCUCCGGCCCCGAUGAUGCGGGAUGGGAGAACAAGCCCGAGGACUUCCGUGACCUGUUUGGUGGCAAUGACGAUGAUAUGUUCCGACUAGGACUGAAGUUUACGCGCAAGACCGUCAAAUACUUUGCGCAGUUUUACAGCUCUGAUAUUAUCCUUUGCAGUCCACUUGGUCUGCGGACAAUCAUGGACCAGUCUGACGAGAAAAAGCGAGACCACGACUUCCUCUCCUCAAUUGAAAUCGUCCUUGUUGACCAUGCCGACGCCCUUCUCAUGCAAGUCUGGGACAACGUCCCCUACAUCUUCAAGCACCUCAACCUCCAACCCAAGGAAGCGCACGGGUGCGACUUCAGUCGUGUGCGCAAUUGGUACCUUGACAACCACGCGCGUUACCUACGACAGACCAUUGUGUUGACCUCUCACAUCACCCCCGAGAUCAACUCGCUUUUCUCAACACAGAUGCAAAAUGUCUCCGGCCGCAUCAAAUUCACACCAACCUACGCCGGCGCCAUCACCGAGCUUCCGCUCCCAGUCUCCGUCAAGCAGACCUUCUCACGGAUCGACAGUCUUUCUCCUGCCAAAGACCCCGACGCCCGAUUCAAGCAUUUCACAUCGACGGUCCUUUCUACGCUGGUCAAGAACAUUGCCAACGGCCGUAGCAAGGGAGGCGCCGGCACGAUCAUCUUCAUCCCCUCAUAUUUGGACUUUGUUCGCGUUCGAAACCACUUUGCUCAAUCUGCGCAAACAACAAACGUCUCCUUUGGCGCGAUCUCCGAGUACACCGAGGCACGGGAAGUUAGCCGGGCUCGCAGUUACUUCAUGAGCGGCCGCUAUUCGGUACUUUUGUAUACCGAGCGUGCGCAUCAUUUCCGCCGGUACCAGAUUCGGGGUGUUCGUCGGGUGAUUAUGUACGGUUUGCCCGAGAACCCAACGUUCUAUGGGGAGAUUGUAGGAUUCCUCGGACUGGACCCUGCUGCUGUUGUUGAGGCUGCAGAGGGUGGCGUUCGGGCCUUAUUCUCCAAGUGGGAUGCGCUUAAGCUGGAGCGUGUUGUUGGAACUUCCCGGGUUGGAAAUAUGUUGCGGGAGAAGGGAGGUGAUACCUUUACUUUUGUAUAA